AUGAGUCCCAGCGUUCCUACAACUACCAAUCGUGCCUUAUGGCUCUCCUCAUUCGACAAACCUCUAGAGCUCGUUGAACUCCCCGUCCCUGAGGCAACAGCUGGCUCAGCCGUCGUCCAAGUUCUAAACACAGUGGUAUUCCCAUAUGCCGAAGAUAUUCACCAGGGCAAGUUGCCUGUCUUCAACCUGAGCCUUCCCCUGGUGCCGCAUCCAAGCCAUAUCGGCCGGGUACACGCCGUCGGAUCGGAUGCCAUACUUGCCAAGCCCGGUGAUCUGGUCUUUUUCUCGGCCGCCAUCUAUGCGCGAGACGAUCCUAGCGUGAAUAUUAUCCAGGGUCACCACGGUGGAGAGGGUACGAAAGGCCGCAAGCUCAUGCAGGGAGAAUGGCGAGACGGCGCCCUCCAACAGUAUCAAAAGGUCCCUCUCGAGAAUAUCUUUGUGUUGGACGAGGAUCGGCUAUGCAAGCAGCUUGGAUACACACCCGCGGACCUUCAUGAGAUCUCCUUCUAUAGCAUCUCUGCUGGAGCUUUAUUCGAGGCUGCCAAUCUACUAGCAGGCGAGACGAUUGUACUGGGGCCAGCCACUGGGACCUAUGGAGGUAUCACCUCCGACAUGGCACUGGCUCUGGGCGCCAACGUCAUUGCCAUUGGUCGCAGUGAGACAAAGCUCGUAUACCUGAAACAGCAGCUUGGGAACCACGAGCGAUUCAGCUAUGUUGUCAUGACUGGAGAUGACGAGGUGGACGCGGCCGCAAUCCGAAAGGCAAGCCCCAAUGGGCGCGGUGUCGAAGUAUACAACGAUUGGGCAUCAGGCAGCUUGAACGGCUCUCCGUACUUCUCGGCCGCCAUACAGGCCGUGCUACCAGAAGGGAGAGUUGUCCUUAGCGGAGCGCCAUCUGGGUCUAUCUCAGUUCCGUACACACUCGUGAUGCACAAAAACAUCAAGAUCAUUGGUAAGGUCAUGGUAUCACGAGGAGGAAUUGAGUUGACUAUCAAGAUGGUGAAUUCGGGGGUUCUCAAGCUCGGCAAGCGGGGGGGCUCGAGUCACAAGGUUUACGGCUUGGGGGAGCAUCACGAGGCUUUCGAAGAUGCAAAGCAGAAUAGUGGCUUCAGAGUCUACACCGACGUUGCUCCUAACUCAUGGUAG